CGUGUCAAACAGCCGCGGCGCCUCUCCUCUCCUCUCCUCUUCUCGGUUUUCUCCUCCUCGUUCGGGGGGCGGAAAGGGGGCGGACGGAGGAGGGAUCGAUCGUCCCGUCCCUCGUUCUCGUUGGGUGAUCGCGGCCAUGGGAAAGAAGAUCCAGUACGCGGUGGUGGCGCGGGGCGCGGCGGUGCUGGCGGAGCACGGCGCGGGGGGCACAACCACCAACGCGGGUGCCGUCGCGCGGCAGAUCCUCGAGCGCCUCCACGCCGCCGGCGGAGGCGCCGCCGCCGACUGCCGCGUCUCCUACACCCAGGGCCUCUACGUCUUCCACGUGAUGCGCGCCGACGGCCUCACCGCGCUCUGCAUGACCGACGACGACGCCACCGCCGCGUCGGGACGACGGAUUCCCUUUGCGUUUCUCGAAGACAUCCAUGGAAAGUUUGUCAAGACGUAUGGUCGUGCAGCUCUCACGGCUCUUGCUUACGCAAUGAACGACGAGUUCUCAAGGGUUUUGAGCAAGCAAAUGGACUAUUACUCGAACGACCCCAAUGCCGAUUGCAUAACCCGCAUGAAGGGUGAAAUGGAUCAGGUGCGGAGUAUUAUGAUCGAUAACAUCGACAAGGUGCUGGAGAGAGGUGAUCGUCUGGAGAUGUUGGUCGACAAGACCACAACUAUGCAAGGAAACACGAUGCGGUUCAAGCGGCAAGCUCGCCGUUUCAGGAACACCGUGUGGUGGAGAAAUGUGAAGCUCACAGCCGCGGUGAUACUCAUCCUACUGGCGAUCAUAUACAUCGUGCUGGCCUACAUGUGCCACGGCUUCACCCUGCCUUCCUGCGUCCGCUAAAUAAACCUUUGCUUACGCGGCAGCGACCUCCUAUCAUUGCCUCCGUCCCUUCUCUGUCUUCUCUGCGUGUCCAUACGAGGCAGCUUGUUCCAGGUUCCCUGUAAGAAAGAGCCUGCAUGCAGCUCCACAGCAGCAUUUUUUGUUCUCUUUGUGUAUAAAAUGGGAAAAUGAUUGAUUGCAUUGA